AUGUACUCUGUACCCGUCGGUAGAAGAGGAUGGUCCCUCGCAUCCUCAAAUAUGGCGGUAGGCUUGGGUGGACGACAGGCCGCCGACGAGGAAGCGAGAGCUGAAGUCGAUGUACUGAAAAGUAGACUGGAGAAGACGAGUCAAUUGACGAAGAAGAUCCAAGCAAGUUUAGGAAGAUUGGAUGCUACGGGAAAGGGGGUUCAGGAAGCUAUUGGCCCAAUUUAUGGGAAUACUCAGAAGCUCCAAAUCUUGGGGCAGAAUAUUGAUGGAGUUAUUGCGGCGAUUGAUAGGAUACGACAUCCUUCAGACAUCAAGAGCAAUGAGGAGGAUAUCAUUAGGAAGGGCCCUGAAGCGGUCGGAUUAGCAGUAUUUCUCAGUUCUGUGAAGCGUGUCAAUAAAACCCUCGCCGAUAUGAAACGAACGAACCUACGAUCGAAUCAACAAGCUACGGUUGAGCUUAGCAAGUUAUCGAAAUCAGGAAAUACUCAACUGGAGUCGUAUUUUCAAGGACUUCUUCAGGAAGAUUCACAAGCACUCGAACCUCUACAUUAUAUCACGAAGAAUCAACCAUUUCCUCUACUCUCUCAAGAUAAAACUACAAGAUUGGGUCUCAUUACGAAUUAUAUUGGUUCGGUAGUAAGACAAUCUGGAUUUGUUACGGAAUCACCAGUUAUGCAAUCAUAUGCAAGCGUUCGAGGCCCAUUUCUGAAAAUCACAUUACAGAAUUUAGCCUCAGCAUCAAUGAAUACCGCCAAGAAGAAGACUCCGGAUGCCAUGUAUCGACAAGGAACCAAUGGAAUCGGGACAUAUGCGAUGGGUAUGGAGGGAGCUUUUUUGGCGGAAUACGACAAUAUAUGCGCUCUGUUCACUCGUGAUGAAUGGGGGAAAGUUUUUAAUUUGACUUGUCAAGGAGCCAUAUCAGAAUUGGCAAGAACUCUUCGAGAAUUGAAUAAUCACAUCAAGUCAAAUCUGACAACUGAUUGUUACCUUGCCUAUGAGAUAGUUGAAAUCAUCUCUAAUCUAUCCUCGAACUUGGAAAGUAGGACGGGAGAAUUGAAGCCUUCCUUCGCAGCAGCUCUCAAACCCAUAAGAGAAACCGGCAAAGGCUCCUUAGCAGAGCUUCUGGAUGAUACUCGACGAAGAAUAAAUCUUCUACAAGCAUUACCUCUAGAUGCCGCCACAGUACCCAUGACCACCGAGACUAUGAUGCGAUUACAGACCAUGGUUGAGUUCCUCCGCCCUAUCUCAAGUAUCAUGAUUUCUAUCGGUGAUGGGGGUUGGAAAUCUAGUGCCACUCCUCAAGGUUCAACCGACCAAAUUCCCAGUCUAAAAUCCUUUGACGUCAACGCAGAUGGGAAACAAAUAUUCGCACAUUAUUGUAUCGACACAAUUGAAGCUCUUCUCACGAGUCUGGAACAAAAAGCUAAAGUGUUGCUCAAAGGUGGCAAGCCCGCCUUGGGGGUUUUCCUUGCGAACAAUGCGACAAUUGUGAUGCGCAUGAUUGAGGGAAGUGAGCUAAGGGGAUUACUCGCACCAAGGAUAGGAGAUAUAGAAAAAUGGGUUAAAACCGGUACAACUCUCUACACGGCUGCAUGGCGUGAGCCAUCCGGUUACCUUCUGGACGUUCAAUACACAAAUCGUGGUAACGCACGCCCACAAUCUGGUUCCGCUGCUGCCAGCGUCGAUAGUGCCGCCAUUCUGAAGGGUCUCGGAUCCAAGGAGAAAGAUCAAAUCAAGGAGAAAUUCAAGAUGUUUAACCAAUCUUUUGAUGAUCUGGUACAGAGACAUAAGUCAUUAAUGAUGGAGAGAGAAGUGAGAGAGGCGUUGGCGAGACAAGUGCAGAGUUUGAUAGAACCAUUGUAUGGCCGAUUUUGGGAUAGAUAUCAUGAGGUUGAUAAAGGAAAGGGGAAGUAUGUUAGAUGGGAUAAAAGUGCCAUCAAUGCUAUCUUUGUCGGCUUAGCUUAA